GAAUCCAUUCCACUAUUUCCACCUUCAAGAGAAGUCUUUCCUUCUCUUUUCCCCUUCUCCGUGCUCUCGUCCGGCCUACGUGACUCCGGCGUCGUCCUCCUCCCGUGUUUGCUGGAGGGCUAUUGAACGGUCUCCGGCGAAGGACUCCGUCACGCCGCUAGCGCAACCGCGCCGCCAGAUUUCGCCAUCCACCAAAGGGGUCGUGGGAGCACAACUUAUGGCGGAGAAAUUGGCACCGGAGAAGCGCCACAGCUUCUUCAAUGGCGGUGAAACCUCGAUUUUCUCCUCGGAAGCAGAAAGUUUUCGAAUGGGAUCAAACCCUAGACGAGGUCAACAUGUACAUCGACCUCCCUCCGAAUGUUCCCAAGAAGCUUUUUUACUGCAAGAUCCAGUCCGGACACGUCGAAGUGGGGAUCAAGGGGAAUCCUCCUUAUCUCAAUCACGAUCUAGCCUGCCCUGUGAAGACUGAUUCCUCUUUUUGGACCCUUGAGGACGAAGUCAUGCACGUGACACUACAGAAAAGGGACAAAGGAAAAACUUGGUCAUCUCCCAUACUCGGUCAAGGUUUGCUGGAUCCAUAUGCAGCGGAUCUGGAACAGAAGCGCCUUAUGCUGCAGAGGUUUCAGGAAGAGAACCCUGGUUUUGAUUUUUCCCAAGCUCAGUUCAGUGGGACCUGCCCUGAUCCGAGGAGCUUCAUGGGUGGCAUUAGCUAAGCAUACUACGGAGGUGAUUCCUCUUGCUUCUUCUUUCCUGUUUUUAGACAACCAUGUGUGAUCCCUUGAACUUUGCCAAUGAUCUGAUGAAUGGUUCAUCAAAAUUAUUGUGUAUGCCACUAGAUUGCGAUAAUAGUUUCAAAAGUUAUUUCUCUUUGUAUCUUACAAUUUCAGCCUAAGAUCAAAUUUGUGUGUAUUUUAUUGCA